AUGAAGUUUAAUCAAACAUCUGUGGAUUCAUCUUUGGGUAGUCUUUCUGUAUCGUCCGCUGUCGAUCGAUCAUAUGACUCGUUCUUGAACAAUGUGGAUACACAACCGGGUGCAUUACUUUCUGAACUUUUGUCAGAUUGUACACCACUUGAUUGCUUUGUUUCAAGCACUGUACAAUCAUCCAAUAGUCAAGAUAAUAUAUCUUUGUCACUUUAUGGAGUAUCAUCAUCUUCCAAUAAUAAUAAUGAUAACAUUAAUAAUAAUAGUAAUGGUAAUAAUAACAUUAUGAAUACUAUUGAUGAUAUGAAUGGAAUUUAUGGUCCAAUAAAUCCUAAUUCACAUGAUUGCUAUCGAAAAAAUUCUACAAUUGAAUUGAAAUCUGAUCCAGAUAUAUCAUCUAAAUUUAUUCAAGAACAGGCCAAAGAUAGUGGUGUGCUGCCAGUUAUGUCGAAACUUGAUAAUUCUAUUAGAGAUUCAAUUUUCUCUGACCGUUAUGAUGCAGAUAAAAAUAACAGCACUAGUAAUGUCACUUCCACCACUAAUACUACUGCGGUUACUACUACGUCUACUUCUCAUUCUACUACUACUACUACUACUACAACUACUACUUCUAUCAUUAUUAAUAAUAAUUAUUAUGAAUCAGAUGUUAAACACUAUACAAAUACAUCAUCAACAUUGAAUCAAUCCACCAUAGUUUCAUUAUCACUGACAACAACAAUAACAACAACACCGACACCAAUCAUAAAUCAAGCCGCUUUAAUUGCAGCUGCCUUAGCGAAAGCAUCUGCAGACAAGACAAUGAAUGGUCCUUUCUCACUAAUUGAACGUAAUACUACCAUACCACUUAAUAAUAAUUUAGGAAUGAUGAAUAAUAAAUCACGUAGAAAUUCAUUAACAAUACCAAAUCAUAAUAUACAUUUAUCGUCAUUAGAUGAUCAAAGUAAAUUAACUAGUCAAAAAACUUCUAGUUCUGAAAAGCACUUCAUUGAACAAGUUAGUUCAAAUAAUGAACAAAGUCCUAAUCGUUUUCAUUCUUCAGAAGAAUUUGAUAAUCUAUUGGAUUCAAAUACGCCUAUAUUAGAUUUUACUUUCUCCGAUGUACAGUAUUGGUGUAGUGUCUUUUAUUAUGAAUUAAAUACUCGUGUUGGUGAUGCAUUUCACGCUGGUCGGCCAACGUUAACAAUUGAUGGUUUUACUGAACCGUGUUAUCGUUCUGAUCGAUUCAGUUUAGGCAGCUUAAGUCAUGUUAAUCGACCUUUGCAAGUUGAGAUGACUAGAAGACAUAUUGGUCGUGGGAUACGACUACAUCAUAUCGGUAGUGAAGUUUACCUUGAAUGUUUAAGUGAUGCUGCGGUUUUUGUUCAAUCACCCAGUUGUAAUCGUUUCUACAGUUGGCAUCCAGCAACUGUUGUCAAAGUCCCACCAAAGUGUAAUUUAAAACUUUUUGAUAGUGCAGCAUUUGCUAGUCAAUUAGCUGAUAAUAUGUCACGUAGUUAUGAAUCUGUCUUUUCACUAACUCAUAUGUGUUCAAUACGUGUCAGUUUUGUAAAAGGUUGGGGAGCAGAAUAUAGAAGACAAACAAUAACCAGCACACCAUGUUGGAUAGAAGUACAUUUAAAUGGACCAUUAAAAUGGCUUGAUCGUGUACUUCGACAAAUGGGUUCACCUACACUUCCAUGUACAUCAGUGAGCUGA